GUCCUGUAAGGACCAGUUAGAGGUAUGGUGGGCGUGUUGGCCCGUAACCAUGGCGACGUCUCUGUGGGAGGUUGUGCCCUUCCUCCCGUUGGUCUACUGCUGCUCCUCUGCCUGCCACUCUGUCUAUGCCAGCAGCCAUUGUCAACUUUGAGAGCCUGUCCCGCCCUACCGGAGUGUACCAGGAAAGUUCAUCCCUCGUCCCAUACAAAGCAUUGAGUCCCUGGAUGUCACGAUUCUCUCGUCCCGGAGUGAAGGACUUUUCCCAGCUGACCCUUGACCUGACCAGAAACCAGCUGAUUGUGGGAGCUAGAAAUCACCUCUUCAGACUGAGUCUCAGUAAUGCUUCUCUCUUACAGGCAGUAGAAUGGGGACCAGAUGAAGACACCAAGCGGUCGGUUGUCAGAGCAAAGGAAAGACAGAGGGUCAGCAUGCGUUUCAGCACAGGCUCAAGGAGAGAUUAUCUGCUGGUUUGA